AUGAGUACACAGACCCUCACCAGCACGACCACGUUGAGAUCACAACCUCAAGCCAUCUUACAAUUGAGGGGCGCUCAUACUUCUCCAAAUACAAACGCAUUCCCAGAACUUGAUCGUCAAGGUUAUACAGUGGUGAAAAAUGUGUUAUCUUCAGAGAAAUCAAUAGAAUACGUGAAAAGGGCAUUUGAUUGGUUGGAAGGAUUCAAUAAAGGUUUCAAGAGAAAUGAUAGGUCCACUUGGAAGCCUGAGAACCUACCCGCUUUCUCCAGAGGUGGAUUAUUCAAUCGCCACGGUGCCCAACACGAACAAUGGGCAUGGGACGUGAGGUCUGAACAAGCUAUUGUCGAUGUAUUCUCGAAAAUCUGGGACACUCAGGAGUUACUUGUAUCCUUUGACGCAGUAAAUAUAUCGUUGCCAUUUGACCAAGAUGCAGUUUUCCAAAAGGAAUCUUGGCCACAUACCGAUCAAAGUCCUUUGAGGAGACACAAACAUUGUAUACAAGGGAUUAUGAAUCUGGUCGAAGUCGGACCUGAAGACGGGAGUCUACUAGUCCUCGAAGGUUCCUUUGAACUAUAUAACGAAUUCUUCGAGACCCACGAUCAAGAUGCACCUCCUGAAGGAUGGUCAUGGCGAGAUUCGUUUGUCCCUACCGACGAACAGAUCCAAUGGUUCUACGAUAGAGGAUGCAAAUGGAAGAAAAUUGAAGCCGGACCUGGUGAUUUGAUUUUAUGGGAUAGUAGGACUAUCCAUUAUGGUGGGAAUGCGGAGGGUGACUCGAUAAGGGUUGCCACUUACGUCUGCUAUAAGCCUGCUAAAGAUAUCGAGCCAGACGCCCUCGAGCGUAGGAAGAAGUGCUGGGAUGAAUUGAUCGGAACGUCCCACGACCCUCUCUUGUUUCGUGAGACAGGGUCGAUAGCAUUGGGACCUCUGACUGAAGAUGAGAGACUGAGACCGUUGGAAAGGCCGGUGUUGUCUGACAGAGCCAAGUUGUUAGCGGGAAUAGAGAGCUAUUGA